AUUGUAGAUCCUAUCGUCCUCAAUAAGGUCCUGUCUUCUGGUGAUCAAACAUGUCCUUGCAAAACUACCGCUAGAUGUCAGGAAUAAAAACAAGGAACGGAGAUGGAGAUGUCGUCACAAUCAUUUUUGAGGUAUCCUGGGCUUUGACAAUGUGUCAUUAUGUCAUGUUGUUAACAUUUUAUUUGUUAUGAUGUUUAUUUUGCUGGGAAAGUACUACAGGGUGUUCGACUAUUGGAAGAUGAAGUUCAUCUAAAUGUGAUAAGUAAAAAUACAAUUCAAGAAAUUUUACAUUAUGGGGGAGUCUACCGAAAAUAAUAUACUCGAACAAUACAGAAACACUUCUGGUAAACUAAGAAAGCGUUUUCUUCGAAAACCAAAUGUAACUGAGGCAUGUGAAUCUUUCACAACUUUAGCAAAGCAAUGUGAGAGUCUGGAACUGCCAGCAUAUGCUGGUUUGUGCUGGAUUGCUGCUGCAAGAUGCGAAGGAUCUUUGCUAAAUAACACAGGGGAAACAUCCUCUUUAGUACAGUCAGCAAGGCAGUUUUUUAAAGCUGAAGAGAAUGAUUUUAAUUUAGGGUGCAGUAGUGUCUCUGGAGAAUAUCUUCAGGCUGGCCUUAGCUGCUAUGCACAUGCUGCUACAAGGUACCCUGAAGGAUGUAUCAUUCCAAUUGGACUAGAUUUGGAAAUAGUAGAUUUCUUAAAAUGUAUUGACAGAUCUGAGUUUGUACACAGUUACUUGAAUGAUGCUGUAGAGUUAUCAAAAGGAGGAUGCGAUACUUACAAACACUGUUUGGAACUUUUAGCAUCACAUUUUAUUGACAUUGGAGAUUAUUUGGCAGCCCUUCAAACAUUACUGGAAAUAGCAAAGUUACUGCAAAUUCUACCCCUAAAUGGUGCCAGAUGUGAGGCAUUGCUUAACUGUGAGAUAAUCUGUGUUUUUCUUUUACUUAUUUUGCGACCUAGUGCACAAAAACUAUCAUCUGAUCUCACAAAAAUCUUAGAGAAGUAUACUUGGGGAGAUGAAAAUGAUCCUAGUCUAAAAGUUUCAAAAAUGUCAGCCGAGUUGUUCCUGUUACUCCAGUCAUUGGUGACUAUAUGUCAGUCAGUUGAUACUAGUGGUUUGGUAGAUUUGGAAGCUGAUUUCUGGCCAUGGCUUUCUAAGCAACAAAAGGAAUUAUUAAGAACUUUAGUAAAAAACUAUUAUCAUUGUAUAUGUCUUUUAGUUCAUUACCCCCCCAAUUUCUUAUACAGAGUGUUCAUUUGA